GGCGGCCCGCGGCUACAAGAGGGGCGGGAGCGGUGGGGGCCAGGGCUGGGGGCUGCAGUGCGGCCCCUCCGGUACCGGCACCGCUCCCGCCCGGCGCCGCCGCCCGCCAGGUGCAGCCAUGGGCAAGCACAGCAGCAAGCUGGCCCCAGAGAUGCUGGAUGACCUGGUGAGGAGCACAGAGUUCAGCGAGCAGGAGCUGAAGCAGUGGUACAAGGGCUUCCUGAAGGACUGUCCCACCGGCAUCCUCAACCUGGAGGAGUUCCAGCAGCUCUACAUCAAGUUUUUUCCCUAUGGAGAUGCCUCCAAGUUCGCCCAGCACGCUUUCCGCACCUUUGACAAGAAUGGCGAUGGGACUAUCGAUUUCCGGGAGUUCAUCUGUGCCCUGUCUGUCACCUCCAGGGGGACCUUUGAGCAGAAACUCAACUGGGCCUUUGAGAUGUACGACCUGGAUGGGGACGGGAUGAUCACACGCCUGGAGAUGCUGGAGAUCAUUGAGGCCAUUUACAAGAUGGUGGGGACUGUGAUCAUGAUGCGGAUGAACCAAGAUGGGCUGACGCCCCAGCAGCGUGUUGACAAGAUCUUCACAAAGAUGGACAAGGACAAGGAUGACCAGAUCUCCCUGGAGGAGUUCAAGGAGGCAGCAAAGAGCGACCCCUCCAUCGUCCUCCUCCUGCAAUGCGACAUGCAGAAGUAGGGCCCUGAGGGCUCCCGGCUGGACAGGCUGCAGCCACUCCUGUUCCCCAUGACAGUUUCCAUCCCCACUUUCUGCUGAGUGCCCUGUGUCUGCUUGGCCCCAGGUGUGACCCAUGCUCUGUCCCCACUGCCACCCUCUGCCUCCGCUCCUGGCCUUGUCUGUGGCUGCAUCUCUCCCUCGAUGGGCAGAGCCUGCCCUGGGCACCGCUGGCUUGAGGUGCCCCCCACCAGACCUCUCAAACCAGACCUCUCCUGUCCUGGAGCUGGACUCCCUGAGGCUGAUGGUGAGGUCCCAGCUUCCUGGGCCAGUCGCUCCCAUGCUCCUGCUGCUCGCUACCUGCUCUCUCCACUGCUCCACCUGGCCCGGUUCCUGAUCCUGUCUCUCUGCACUGACCCCAUCCCUUGUGGUGCCUCCAGGGAGGCUGAAGGCUCCGGGUCCUGUCCCUGCUCUCUCCUUUGCUGGCAGCUCCCCACGGUGCUGUCUGGGGGCUUGGGGCUGCCCCAGGGAGCUGCAGCCCCCAUUUCUUUGCCCAGCUUUAGCUUAACUGUCUCUGCUUCUGCUGCUGGGAAUGUCCAGGGCUGGUGAGGAGACUUCAGAAAGAGCAGAAAUGUCCAGGUCCAUCCUUGGACAGGGCCAGCAUCUGAUCCCAGAAGCCACCUUCCAUUCCAGUGCCUGUGGGAGCUGGUGGGGCCAGUGGGAGACUCCAAAACUGCCCUGGUGGUAUUAGGGGUGCCUGUGGAGUUCCUGGCCUUUGUGAUUAGCGAAGUGGUGCCUGCUGCCUCCGUCCCUCCUGCCCGGGACAGGAAUAUUGUCAGGGUAUUUAGUCUGCAUGUUGUGGUGUUGAUGUCUGUAAUGUCCGUUAGGAGGUUGUGGACUUGGUAUCUAUUUUUUUUAAUGGAAAAAUAAAAUGUCCCCUGUGUAUGGUGUUCCC